AUGUUUUUACCAGAUGAGAAUAGCUGUAGAAGGUUUAGAAGUACAGUUAAAUCAGGUAGCUGCAGUUAUGAAUCACUUGAAAAUGGAUUGAACCUAGACGCAUUGGAUGUGAAUAAUUCAUUUUUACAUGACAUGUUGUAUAAAGAACGCAGAAAACAUAUAACCAAUCUAAACACACUACUAAAUCACAAUUUAAGUAACACAAAUGUAGGUGAGAAAAGAAAGCAUGGGAAUACUCUGAAUAUGCUUGAAAAUGAAACGGAGAAAAGAGGAAAGGAGGGAAACUUACUUCACGAGAAUGACGAUGAACUAGCAGUUGAGGUUGACGAAGACGAUAGACUAACAACACUAUUUGAGCAAGAGCAGGUUGCAAAGGAACAAGAAGAAACUGAUGACAUAUUGAGAAUGGAGUCAGUCUUUGAAGACAGUGAACCCAGUGAAGUGGAGAAAGAUGUGAAUGGGGAAAAAGAAGAUUUAAUAAAGAACACACAAACUGAGCGAGUUGAUGAGGAUGAAGGAGAAAUAAGAAGAGUGUUGGAUGAAUUAGAGCGACCACCAAUAAUACUAACACCAUUGUAUUACUUAUGUCAAUUGUGUUGUAGUACUCUUAGGAAAUAUCGCAUUGAAAUCAAGUUUGAUGAAAAGAAGAAGUGGGCAUCCUCAUCCCAAACUUCAGAACGAAUCUACGUGAAAAGUACUCUGGGUCUGAUAUGUGGGAUUACAUUGGGCUUCAUUGCAUAUUUUUUCUUUAUAAUAACCUUUCCUCAAAAGCCAUACUUAUCUACUUUGCUAAGCGCUAACAUUAUGUUGGUGAGUGUAUUCGGUUUAGCAUUCUCCAGAGAUUUCCAGUGUAUUACUCUACUGAUAUUUCCUUAUUUAACUGCAUCACGUGUACGAUGGUUGAUUCUCUUGUAUACAACGAGUUUGUCAGUCAGUGGACCAGGUUUGAAUUUUCUGCAUAAUUCAGGAAAUUUUCGCAAUUCCAUCGCAUGCGUUGUCGCACAAGUCAAUACAAAUAUGCAGAUAGUAAAAAGGCUAAGUCAAGCACCAUUUGUUAUAAUUAAGGAUCAACUGGGAAAUAUUAUUGACAGUAUUAAUGAAAUUAUGGAUCGAUUGAGAAAAUCAUUGCUCAAAGUAAAUUUUUCAAUUAUUCAUCUUACCAAUAUCAUGGAAAGUCAAGCUAGUUGGAUACACUCAUUGAUUGUAGCGUGUGGAGACAGCGUCUCCUUGGUAAAUCAAUGUUUGGCCUUUUUUAAUAAUAUCUACUUCAGUUGUGUGAAUGGUUUUGGAUUUUUAAGUGGUUUGUGCAAGUUGAUUAGAUUUUUUGCUAAAGACACCUGUGUUUCAACAGAUAGUUUUACAAAAUUAUGCAAGGAACAAGGCGCAGUACUUGAACACGCCUUAAAUAUUACAUCAAGAGUGGAGUUAGCUAAGCAAGUGGAUGAAAUAGUCAAUGUGAUUGGCAGAACAAAUUUAACAUUAUAUGGAAACUUGAGUGAGUUAAAAGAAAUUGCCUUUUAUAGUGAUCACAGUAUCUCUGAUAAACUGCAACAAAACAUGGAUAGUUACAUUCAAACUAUUAAUACAGUGAAAUACAUUAUAUCAUGGAUUUUGAUAGCAUGGACACUAAUCACUAUGAUGACCUUAGUUAUUCAAGCAGGAUUGUUUAGAAGAUGCUGGCUGAAGCAUGAAACUUAUAAUAAUGUGUACAUAACUAGGGCAUUCAUUGAACAAGAAAAAGAAGCUCUCCAACGAGGACUAGUCCCAACUGUUCCACUGAUUCGCAAGGAAAACAAAACUUACAAAACAUUAUCCAGUAUAAGUUGGACAUCAUCAGAAAAACACUCAGCAGUUUUAGCUGCACUGAUAUUGAUUAUUUGGAGCUGUUCAGUUAUACUAGUCAUGAUAACUGAUUACACAAUGUAUACACUUACUGACAUUGUCCUACCAUUAUUCUCGCAUGAUUUUUCUAAGUAUGGAUCAGGAACCGACUCCGAAGAAGCCUUACAAAUAAAUGAUCAUGAAAUGUAUACACUACACAUUACUGGAGAUUCAUCAUUUGCCAACAUUAUACGAUCAUUAAGUGAUAUGCUGAAUCCACUAAAAGAUGUAGUAUUAAGUGUGGAUGCAACAGUCUGUCGACCAACACCGAAUCCACCUGAUUUUAACAGAUAUAUUCAAAUAGGUUCAUUGCUACUUUUAGCAUUUGUUAGCAUUGUUCUUCAGGUGUAUAUCAUGAGAUUACGACAUGUCAUCAUGAUAUGGUUCUAUCCAAAGAAAGCAGUUCACCGUGCAGCCUGGUUACGUACAUACAUAAAGAAUAAUCGUGGCCUCUAUCACCGUAUUAUACACAAAUUUGUAACUAUGGAUAUUAAACCUAACCGUAGAGCACAAAAUAUAUCACGAUUUGGAAAAUAUUUAAGUCUGCAUCCAUAUGUAGCAGCGUUAUUUCGAAUAUUCGGUAUUCAGCGUAUUAUGUGUGUAUUCUGUGGUAGUGAUGGCAAUCCAUCAAAAAAAGUUGAAUUUCAAGAAAAGUUUACACGUUGUCAACAAUGCGGUGCUCACUUUUGUCAUGCAUGUCAAGUAACCUUAAAUCGCAUGUGUUUGCUAUGUCGUUCACCAUUAUUCUCGAUGGCUGUUGAAGUUGAUUUUGAAGAAUGUUCAAGUGACGAAGAAUUUCAAGCUAUCAAUACACGAUAUUUACGCCUAGUUGAUCAGUCUACAACAAUAUCAUCUAAGAAUAAAAUGGAAGAUGAAACAAGUAGUCUCUCAAUUACUCGUUCACACAUAUGA